AUGGCGUCCUACUUCCGCAAUCUCUUUGGAUGGGGAAGUUCGAGACCUUCACGCUCCGCUGCACAACCAACACCAGCGUCGAGCAGCAAGUCUCACAGUCGCUCGCAGUCUGGCUCCACUGCCCCUCCGUUGACGGCGAAUUAUAUUUACGCCUCCGGUGGCAGCUCUCACGUCUCAGCGAUUCCCCCUCCUCGUUCUGUGCCUUCGAAGACUAAUAGCUAUUCACUCCCUCACACUCACACCGCGACACCCUCGCCUCUCCGCUACCCUACCACCGACUCUCAUAGCCGCCCUCACUCUCGCGACCGCGAACGCGCCAGGCCGAAGAUGGUUUCAUCUGCUUCUGAUAGCAAGGCCCAAGCGUCUCAAAUCUACAGUCGCCAAUCUCACCGGCCCAAAGACCACCAUGUUCACUAUCCUCACUUUGUCCAAUCCUGUUACGGCACUGCUGGGAGUUCGCGGUCGAACUCGAGCACCUCUAUCUACGCCAACAUGCCACCCUCCGCUCCACUGUCUUCGAGUUCCCGUCACAACAUCAUCGCUUCCGAACCUCCUGCGAGACGUCCUCAACUCAAACAGAACCAUACGUGGCACGCAGGUGCGCCAGGCAUCAGUGUCAGCGCCACAAGCCACACAUCAUCAUCUCAUGGACGGGCAUCAUCUCGAUCACUCCUACAAACGUCGGCGGUACACAUGCAUCCAUUGUUUGCGUACACGCGUCUCCACCAUGCUCCGAUCUCGUACGACGUGACAUCUUCGCCCUCGGCUCGUACCGUCCUCGACCGGACGACGCACUCUCCUGUCCCCGCUCAUACCCUCGCGCAACCCGCUACCGAACCACCUAUCCCCGCCAGUCAGACUCUCGUCCUUCGUUCGGAUAAGCUUCCCUGGCGCGUCACCGUCGGCCCUAUUGGCGCUCAACCCCCUUCUGGCUCACUCGGCAAAGCGUCUGGUCGUGCUAUCAGUACUGGUACUGCUUGUAUAACCAACCUUGAUGUGUUAUACGCCUUGCAUAAUGAGCUCAUGAGGAGGGUUACGACGGCGGAAUGGGAGUCUCUCGGUAAGGGUAGUAGCGCGCAGAGGAAGGUCGCGGCAGCGUAUGAGAAGAGAUGUACGAGGUCGGGCGGCGGUUGGGAGCAUGGGAUCCGGAGGGUGGAUUGGUUGAGCUCGAAGACGAGGCUAGUUGGCGUGGAGGUGGACAAGAGUCGGAGCGCGGGUGGGUGCGUCGGGACGAUGGUCUUUGGAAAAGCGUAA